ACGACAUCCGCCGCGAGGCGAUGGCGGCGGCGAUCAAGCCACGACUUGAGCGCUGCGACUCUCGCCAGCUCGCCGGUGUGCUCUACGACCUCGUAUCUCGUGGGCUCCUCUCCGACGUGGCCUUGCGCGGCGCGCUUGACCGCUGCGCGCCUGUCGAAGCCGUGCAGCCGCAGGCAGAGGCGACGCCGCUGGAAGCGGCUGCGGAGGAGGUGGCGGAGGCGGCGAGCACGGCCGACGCUGCCGCCCCCGGGGAGCCUGAGCCGCGCGCCGAGAAGAAGCAGCGCGAGGGCCUGAGCGAGAUCGACGCGACCACGCGCGGGCUCGGCGGCGGAAGGGUCGUCUCGUGCGGCGAAGAGAACCUGCUCGACAUUGCGGCGGACCCGUGGUUUCGCGACGAGAGCGUGCUGUGCCACGAGCUGGGCCACACGGUCAUGAACCUCGGCCUCAGCGAGGAAGCGCGGGAGCUCAUCCGAGCGGCACACGCGGACGCGAUUGGGCGCGGCCUCUACCCAUCGCACUGCUACAUGGGGUGCAACGCCGACGAGUAUUGGGCGGAGGGGACGCAAGCCUGGUUCGAUGCGACGUGCCGCACUGACGUGACGGCCGGGGUCAAUGCUCGCGCGCGACUGGCAGCGCACGACCCGGCGCUGGCGCUGUUGCUGCGGCAUGCUUACGGCGACGGAGCGUGGAGGUUUACGCAGGGCGUCGGCGAGGCUACGCGAGAGAAAUGGCGCAGCAAGCAGCUUGGCGCUGCUGCUGCCGUGGCUGGCGCGGUCGCAGGGAAUGGGAGCGCUUUGCCGCCGCCGCCGAGGGCGAUGGAUCCGGCAGACACGGAGGCGGAGGAUCAGAUGAUGGCGAUCGCGAUCGCGCAAAGCUUGGAGGGGAUGAGCCAAACCUAGCUACUGUACGAGUUAUCGUGACUCGCGAUCUCGUCGCCGAGAUAUUCCGCGCGAACGUGUGUGUGAUGCGUGUGCGCAGCACGGACCACGGCGGUGAGACUGAGAGAGCUCUCAGUCCUCUCUUGUUCUCUCGCUCCUGAGUGCGGUCCUGCUCCUAGAUGGGGGUGAGAGUGUGAGACGUGAGAGCGGG